AUUCACUGGCACGGUCCAGGGGCAGAAGAACCCCCACUCUGCCUCCCCACCACCCUUUCCAACUGUUGUGCUGCAGCAGGAUUUGGUCUGAGUCUGGGCAGAGCCCCCUUUACGAGCAGCCCUCCAGAUUCUGCUACAGCAAGAGUCUGUAAAAGUGGCUCUUGCCUUCCCAUUGCACACAAAGGCAAAGAUCUCUUUAAGGGAACUAACUGGCUGCUCCUCCGUGCAGUUGCAAACCUGUGUCCCUGCGAGCUCAGCGACCCAGGCUUUUGCCUGAAGAUGAGUGAGGAGGGGUCUUGAGGAGCCCCUAUGACCUCCCAGAGUGGGGCAGGGAGGGAGCUGACAGCCUGAGCGGUUGGAGACUGCCGGUCCCCGGAGAAGGGCUUGCGAUUAGCUGCUUCUUGGGAUGCUCCGCGUGCCAGUUGAGCAUCCUGCCUGUGGUCCAGAGGGUGCUGGCGGCGCAUCUUGCGGUAUGCCUGCGUGGAUUUGAGCCAUCGCCCUGAGGCGAGCCCGCAUUCAGACACGGAGGAUGGGCUUCCGGCAGGGCUGCGUGUAGUCAGCACGAAUGCUCAUCCCUAGGUGUCUGCAGAAGCCUCCCGACUACAUGGAUUUGGCCAUUUAAUCAGCCGAGAUUACUGCCCAGGAAGAUUUGCUAGCCUGAUCCGCGCUCCAGCUGAUGUGACAACUUCAGGGCUGGCUGUUUACUUCUGUCAGUGCUCGGGGCUCUGUCCUGCACCGCAGCCGCUCCUGCCGCUUGCCCGGCUUUGAAGUCGCCGCGAGGACUCCUCUGACGGCAUCCCCAGGAAGGAGGGGGGGCAAGGAGGGGUUAAAAGACGAGCAGAAACCCUCCCAACUGCUCAACCUCUCGUGACUGCCUGUGCUUUGGGGUUCUGAAAGGGACCGCGAGCUGCCCGGGGAAGCAAUGCAAGUCUCCAUAGCCUGCACAGAGCACAAUUUGAAAAGCCGGAAUGGUGAGGACCGACUUCUGAGCAAACAGAGCUCCACCGCCCCCAAUGUGGUGAACGCAGCCCGGGCCAAAUUCCGCACGGUCGCUAUCAUCGCGCGCAGCCUGGGGACGUUCACCCCUCAGCAUCACAUUUCUCUCAAAGAGUCCACCGCAAAGCAGACUGGCAUGAAAUAUAGGAAUCUUGGAAAAUCAGGACUCAGAGUUUCUUGCUUGGGUCUUGGAACAUGGGUGACAUUUGGAGGUCAAAUUUCAGAUGAGGUGGCUGAACGGCUGAUGACCAUCGCCUACGAAAGUGGUGUUAACCUCUUUGAUACUGCCGAGGUCUAUGCCGCUGGAAAAGCUGAAGUGAUUCUGGGGAGCAUCAUCAAGAAGAAAGGCUGGAGGAGGUCCAGCUUGGUCAUAACAACCAAACUCUACUGGGGCGGAAAAGCUGAAACGGAAAGAGGGUUGUCAAGAAAACAUAUUAUUGAAGGAUUAAAGGGCUCCCUCCAGAGGCUGCAGCUCGAGUAUGUGGAUGUAGUCUUUGCAAAUCGACCCGACAGUAACACUCCUAUGGAAGAAAUUGUUCGAGCCAUGACACACGUGAUAAACCAAGGAAUGGCGAUGUACUGGGGAACCUCGCGGUGGAGUGCUAUGGAGAUCAUGGAAGCCUAUUCUGUAGCCAGACAGUUCAACAUGAUCCCUCCAGUCUGUGAACAAGCUGAGUAUCAUCUUUUCCAAAGAGAGAAAGUGGAGGUUCAGCUACCAGAGCUCUACCAUAAAAUAGGAGUAGGAGCAAUGACGUGGUCUCCACUUGCCUGUGGAAUCAUCUCAGGAAAAUAUGGAAAUGGGGUGCCUGAAAGCUCCAGGGCUUCUCUGAAGUGCUACCAGUGGUUGAAGGAAAGAAUCGUGAGUGAAGAAGGGAGAAAACAGCAAAACAAGUUAAAAGACCUCUCCCCAAUUGCUGAGCGUCUGGGCUGCACGCUCCCUCAGCUAGCUGUCGCAUGGUGCCUGAGAAAUGAGGGUGUGAGUUCUGUGCUCCUGGGAUCAUCCACUCCUGAACAACUCAUUGAGAACCUCGGUGCCAUUCAGGUUCUCCCAAAGAUGACAACACACGUGGUAAAUGAGAUUGAUAACAUAUUACGCAACAAGCCCUACAGCAAAAAGGACUACAGAUCAUAAGGCAAUGCAUGAGCCACAGUAGCUGCAUGGUUAAAUUAUCGGUCUAUACCGGUACAGAAUGGUGUUACUAGCCAGUCUUUUAAAUCACUUAGCAGCCUACUGCUCAACCUCUAGUGCCCCCGGAUUCUGAGGUGUCUGCUGUCGCUACCACUGUGCACCUGAAUUACGAGCACAUCUGAAAACUCACGACUAAGAAAAUCCAUUCUAUUUUCUUAUCUUGGACUGGAGUUGCCUAUUCUUGCUUUGCCCUGCACACAUCACGCUAAUGCAAUGGAAAGUAUACUGGGGGAAAGACACAUUACCUUCAGGCAUUUAGUAACAAAGAAAGCUAUACAGAUAUAUUUUUUCAAAUGAAAAAACUCCACAGAUGCAAUGUGGAUUGCAUCAGGAGCAGGCUAUGUUCACUCAGAAGUCUUGCUUGGGAGAAUAAGCAGAAAUAAUUUCACAUUUUUUUCUAUUUUCACAUCUCUGUUAGCAAGAGUUGUUUCACUUAUUCAACAAAACUAAAAUUCCUGAGUAUUUGCUUCUGUAACCUUUUAAAUAUUCCGUUGCUUGGCUCCAAGAAUGACCCUGUAUAGCAAUUUAUCCAAGGUGUCUAUUAGGAUUCUAAUAAUGCUAUGUCCAUGUACAUGUAGAGAUGGUAAAAGGAUGAACACCCCAGUCUUUAACUAGAGAUAAUAUGGUAAUUUACAAAAGGGCAGAUUACAUUGCUAUGGAGGCUUAGUUUUGAAUAAAAUGUAUUGCAUCUGCAAUGAAGUGUUCAUUUUUGACAUUUUAUGAAAACCUGCUUUAUAUUUUUGACUGCUUGUAGGCACAGCUUCUGCAAGUUUAAAUAUUUGAGCUUUUAAAAUAAAUAUACACAUGCUCAGUUCUUAUAAGUAAACCUGUAAAAUACCCAGAAAGGCAAAUGUUUGCUCUUUAAUUAGCACUGGGAUUUUACAAUACAAUGCUUGGUGUUUUUGAGAAGUUAUUACAUGAAAGUCAUGGGCUUCAUGAAAUUUUUCACAACUCAGCAUAUGCUGGGUGACUUAACUUGUCCAACGAAAAGCAAAUGUUAAAGAACUUCCUGAUUCUAUAAUCACAUUAUGUGCACUGAACUAUUCGCAUGAAAGCUCACCGCAUGGAUUAAAGGGGCCUAGCUUUAGUGCACUCAGAAGCUGAGAUCUAUCUAGCCCAGCCACUACUGGCUACCUACCCUCAUGAGUAUUCCACUUGAGUAAAAUUAUGAGAACAUAUUGUAUACUUGUAAAGGAGAAAACAUUUUUUUUCUUUUUGGGGGUGUAUGUUGCGGGCAGGGGUCCUAUAACUCUAUUUGGACACCUGAGCAUGUACAAAUUUUCAUUUUCUAGCCAGCAGGUCCCUCAUAUAGAAAUUGCUUGGAGAAUUACAGAAUAUAUUAUCAACUUUAAAUGUUAUUUUGUCAUCAUUUCCAGUUAUAUAUUUCAUGGUUAAGUUCUAAACCUUAAAAUGUUAAUGUGAAAUACCAACAAUUUUUGUUUUUGAUUACUACUACCCAUAUUCAAUUAGGGAAACAGUUUGGGGUUUUUGCCCAAAAGUAUCAGAUUGACAAUGGAAAUGAGAUUAUUUUUUAGUUGUUCAUUGUAUAUUCAAUCAAUCCAGUGAAUUACUGUGUGUAUAAAUGAGCUGAAGUUGUCUACUUGGAACUACAAUUUAGCUUAUUAAUUUGCUUAGAGUAAUAAAAGCAUUUUGUGCAUUUAAUCUCACAAUGUUUUUAUCUGAUCUUUCACUGUAAGGCAAAAAAUAUAUACAUAUAUAUCACCAUAAAACAGGCAGUAAGACUCAUUUAAAUAAAAAUUAUGUUGGCAAGUAAGCUGCACUGAAUAUCUAAACAGAAACAGCGGUGAUCCAGAUUUAAACUGCAAUUCAAACUUUUUUCCUUAUCGAUGGAGUAAAUGAUUAGCUAUUAAAGAUAUCAUUUCCCAUUGGGUUUUAGAAACACUCUGCACUAAGGUUAAAGCUUCUCAAAAGCAUUUGAAAGAGCCUGUAAAUUAAAUACAAAUAGUAUUGUUCAGCUGUAGGAACAGUUAGCUUUUUAAUAUACAAAUCAUCAGCUGCUACGGCAGAUAUACUAAAUAUGAAAUACAUUUCAUAAUUAUAUGCUUAAGAAAACUUUCCAUGCACUCAUUUUCUUUUCUGGAAAGAACUCCUUGGGAGAGAACAUACCAUUCCUAAGAGUAACCUGGGUAGCGGCCAUCCACAUACUGUAAUCUCAGCCAGGGGAAAUGAACACUAGAAACCCUGUGCCUGGCUUCCCACUUUAAGAACUGUCACUGCAUCUCCAUUAACAGUGUGCCAAGGGUCAUCAGAAAGACAGCAGAGCUUCCACGGACCUCAGCCAUCUUCAAGACCAUCCCUCCUCCGUAAAUGAGGAAACCAGGCCUGGAGAGAUGAAAGGACUCGCCCACACUCACACUGCCAGCUGGUGGCAGAACCAGGCCUAGAACCCAAGUAUUUUGUUCAAUGCUCUUUUAAGUACAAUUUCCUUUUUUUAGCUUUAAAGUUUUAUAAAAAAGUAACUGUGUGAAAUUUUAAGUUAAAAAAGCUUGGGUAAGAAUCCAAAUUUGAAAUCAGCUAAGAGGAAAAGCUCAAAGAGAUGCAAUCAAAACUCAUGAAGGCCCAAUGAGAAGUUAGUCUCUAACCACCUCCAUGAAAAUCGAAACCAACCACUUAAAAACCCCUCCUAAUCUUCAAUUAAGUCCCCUGCUGGUGGGUGAUAACCCCACCCCUUCCAGCCCAAAUACAUGUAUCUGUAGGUUGGUUCUCUCUCUAUACAUACAUGCCUAUGUAUAUCCUUCGUGUCUCCAUUAACAGCAGUAACUGGUAUGCAUACUGAAAACACAGAAACAGGAUGGGCAGGAAAGCACAGCAGGCACAUGAAGGCAAAGAGGCCUGACAUUCUGCUCUGUAAUAUAACUGUACUACGCCAGUUAUUGCCACACAAAUAUUUGAUCAGUAACUAUAAAAAUGCACAUUUACAUGUGUGAGGAAUUAAAAUGAUGUGGAAUCUGAAAUAAUGUAAUAAAGAUGAUGUAUUUAUUCACAUGAUUCUUAUAAGUAAGUCUAGGGAAAACAUAAAUUUUAAAAAGCAAAGUUUAAUGAUAAGAAGCAAGGCCUUUCACAAGAAUUUUAAAUAUGAAUCUAACCUCCAUAUUUCAGUUAACUUCAAAACUUAUUUCAAAUUAUACUUUCCAAGGUAGAAUA